GCUAACAUUCAGGUGUUUUGUCUUAGGCUGUCAUGGCUCGAAGAAACGUUCCUGGAGUACAUUGAUCACUGGAAAGAAACUGCACCAGCCAAGGCAGCCUUCUUGUCCCCUGCAACCUACGAAGCCUUGGUGGUUACAACGAAGGCAACAGUGUUGUGCACUCGCCACCUGCUCACUCGCGGCUUCAAAUAUGUUUUAACAUUUAAGUACUCAUCAGAUGAGGUAGAAUCUUUGUUUUCUGCAGUGCGACAACUGAACGGGUCAAACGACCAGACAGACGCAUAUGCUGCCCUUUCCGCACUACAGAAAAUUGUGGCAACAGGCCUCCUAGAGCCUUCUCUGAAUGCCAAUGUCCAAAACACUGACAUUCAAAUGACUGGGCUUCUCAAGAGCAGCUCAGCUACCACCCUUCAGUGUCCUCCACCAAAGGCAGAAGAGCUUUUGCAGCCGUACUUUAAUGAUCUUCAAAAGAAGCCAGUGCCAGCACCACCCGGGCUAAAAGCAUCCACAAUAUCGCUUAUUGGCGGCUACCUGGUCAAGGCUGUGGAAAACAGAAUGAAGUGCGCGGGUUGCUUGGUUCGGCUCAAGAGUGAAGCAAGCGACCGACCGACCGUUGCAAUUAUCAACAACCUCGAUCGCGUUGGACUAUCAUACCCCAGUUUAGAGUUUGUGGGCUUCUUACUUAAGCUUGAAGAAGCAGCAAGUACUGUGAGAAGCACGCUGUUGCAAAUGCAAAAACCGCUGUACUGGUUUGUUAACAGACUCGCUCUUGUUCACGACAGUCUGCUCACCUACGGAGAGUUGAACCAUCCGGACGGACGGACGAUAUUUCGAGUCGGAACAACGAGGGCAUAUGAGCGCAAGACAGCGGCAGACCAUCGGAGUGUCCAGGAAACUGAAGGGACAGCUCCAGUCAUCGUCAGGAUCCCAGCUUUGCGAAGAAGACCAACGACCAGCAGCAACAUGGAACAACUUCGAGGCAAGUUAGUGGGAGCACUGCCGGCUGCAGCCGUUGGAGCGACUGUGACCAGAAAACAGUGCUAG